AUGUUGCCUCAAUUAAAUGGAACGGCGGUUGACGGCCCUUUGGCAUUCAUCAAAGAAUUCUACGGUGUGGUUGAAACUUUUCCAUUGAAUAGACUGACAGAGGAGGAACUAAGGAAAAGAUGUUUUCCUUAUUGCAUGAAGUUGAGUGCAAGAACUUGGCUUUUGAACUUGCCUGAAGGAUCAUUCAGUACGUGGGAAGAAGUGUAUAAUGCUUUCAUUACAAAAUAUUAUUCCCUGCAAAAGACUCUUGAUCUUCGCGGCAAGAUCUAUAAUUUCACCCAAUUGGAUGGCAAACCAUUCCAUGAGGCGUGGGAACGCUUCAAGAUGCUUCUUGCUCAAUGCCCACAUCAUUGCUUUGAUGAGUUAUUAUUAACUCAAAUCUUCUUUGAGGGAUUGACUAUGAGUGGGCAAACUUUGGUCGAAACGGCAUCUGGAGGAAAUUAUGGAGAAAAGACGGCAGCUGAAAUCAAUCAAAUCUAUGAGAAUGUCGCUUUAAAUUCUCAACACAGAGCGAUUAGAGGACGAAGGGCAGCCGUACAUGAGGUGUCUUCACGAAAUGACAUUGUAUCACAAGUUGCUGAGCUAACUAAGCAAGUGAAGAUGCUGUUUAGCCAAAAUCAGCAUUCAACGGAGACUUGUGCUGUCUGUGGCAUCCAGGGGCAUAUUGCAACUUCUUGCAAUUAUGCCAAUGAAAAUCAUCCAAAUUUUUCAUGGAGAGAUGGAAACAACGCUAAACCGCAAGGACCACCUGGAUUUCAACAAAAUAGAUCGGCACCUCCACCUCCACAACAAGAAAAGAAACCAUCUCUCGAAGAUAUGAUGGCACAAUUUAUGGCAAAUCAAGAUGGCCAUAAUAAGAAGAUGGAACAACGAAUGAGCCAAAUCGAGAAUGUGCAUCAAUCUUCGAUCCAUAAUGUGGAACGUCAACUUGGGCAAUUAGCCAAAAAGAUAGCUGAAAGAGAGCAAGGAAAAUUCCCAAGCAACACCGAGACCAAUCCUAAGGAAGGAGAUAUGACCAUUUCUUUAAGGAGUGGUAAGGAAGUUGACAACUCAUUAAAAGAGAAAAAGAAAGAUAACCACAUUGUGAUUGAGGAAGAGGAGGCCGAUAAAAAUAUGGAGGAGGAAAUUACUGUGGAAAAAUCUCCACCAACAGUCAAGGCAUACGUUCCUCCGAUACCAUACCCUCAGCGACAAAGAGAGAGGAUAAACGAGCUACAUUUUUAG